UAGCGCUUCGAAAUUCAACCAAAAACAGUUGGUUUUCUUAAUUCAACUGCCCACGCAAGCUACGUGGGGUCGCAUAUAUUGCCAGUCGUUAUUUUCAGUCACAUGAAAUAUUUUAUUUUCUUUUAACUUUGAAAAGACGACACACACUGGUCUGAGGUGCCGACGGUGCAAUAAAUUUAAUAAUCGAGCUGUAUAAUACAGUCGUCGUAGAAUGUGUGAUCUUUUCGUGCACGCUUUAUCAGUUGAGUACGCUCGCUCUUGCAAUCAGGAUGGGUCAGAUUUUCGGUGCAGUUGCGGUGUUAUUAGUAUUACUUUUCUCAGUGCUCGGUGAAGAAGUUUCUUAUGAAGGUUUUAAAAUAUACAAUGUUUAUACCAGAACACGUACCGAGUUGGAGCUACUUCAACGUGUCAGCAAUGACUUGGAUUUGGAUUUUUGGAGUCCCGCAGUGCUUAACAAAAACGCUUCUGUGAUGGUUAGCCCAUGGAAUGAUGAAUCCUUCAGAAGUCAGCUGGUUAUGAAUAAUGUUGAGCAUCGAGUUAUUCAAAACAAUGUCCAAAGGUUGAUUGAUCAUGAAAACGUCAUGAAUAUGAUCAAAACUCGUAAACGCCGUAGCACCGCUCAGGAUGACACUAUUGCUAAGUUUGACCACUUCUGGACGUUGGAAGAAAUAUACCAGUACUUGGAUGACCUGAAAAAGCAAUAUCCUAAAUUAGUGCGUGUCAUGGACUAUGGAGUUACUCACGAGGGCCGUCCAAUAAAAGUUAUCACCAUCAGCGCCAAGGAGGUGGUUGAUGAGUUUCAUCCGGUAGUGUUAAUCGAUGGUGGCAUACAUGCCCGUGAAUGGGCAGGCCAUAUGGCGGUGUUGUAUCUGAUUCAUCAACUGGUUGAACGUUCUGCGGAGAAUAUGGACCUUUUGAGCAACACUAAUUGGGUGAUAAUGCCGGUGGCGAACCCUGAUGGAUAUGUUUACACACAUCAAUCCAACCGGUUGUGGAGAAAAAACAGAGCACCGUCCAAUACUGUUUGCACUGGAACGGAUUUGAACAGAAACUUCCCUUUUCAAUGGGCUUUUUAUGGAGGCGAAUGCUCAAUUGGAUACGCUGGUCCCACUCCCGCCUCGGAGCUGGAAACACGAGCAAUGAUGCUGUUGAUGGCAAAAUACGCACGCGUUACGCAAGUCUACCUGGCGGUCCAUACUUGCGGCGAUUACAUUCUUUACCCCUAUGGAUAUGACUACGUGGAUGCUCCUAACAAAGCGCAAUUGCAGGAACUGGGAGAUAAAGCCGCAGCAGCCGUCAAAGCGAUCGGGGGCCCGGAUUACACCGUGGGGAGUGCGGCUUUCCUGUUAUAUCCAGCCAAUGGAAGCGAUGACUUCAUUUACGGUAGCUUUGGAGUGGAAUAUGCGUACACCUUGGAGCUUUCUUGUAGUGCCAGUAGCGGUGACGGUUUCAUAAUCAGCCUUGAGGAGAUGCAGAAAAUCAACAAGGAAGCCUUCGAAAUGUUCAAAGUUUUUGGAAAAUUUGCGGGAGAACAAACCGUCAAGCCCCUCACAUCAAGUCGUCAAUCUACGUAAAGCUUAUCGGUCUCGAAUUGACCAUUAAAUUGCGAGUGAAUAAACAAUGAAUACCUCUAUAAACCAA